AGAACGAACAGAAGAGACCACACAAUGCGACCGCUUCGCCUUUAAGAGAUCCCCUGCCUACCGCCCCUAGAUCUUCCCCUGAGUCCACCAGCGUAUCCAGUGCUCAUCUCCCACCGCGAAGCGGUAACGCAUUCAUGGCAUCAUCUUCCUCCGCGCCGCGCAUUGCUGAGCUCGCACUCAAAGUGGAAGAGCACGUGGGCGAAACUGAGCUCGAGCAGCGCCACGCAGAGCUCCAACGCUAGCACGCUAAGCUUGAGCGGCGCUACGAGACUUUGGACGCUCGCCUCGAGGUCAAGACCCAGGACAUGCAGCUACGCAUUGACGAGCUCGAGGCGCAGAAAGGCCAUCUGGUCAGAGCGCAUGCGGAACUGGAAGAGCAGGCCGAAAAGCAGCUGAAGCGGGUCCUCGAGCUUGAACGGCGUCGUGAAGAGCCUUCGCAAGCUCCCGCUGCGCCAUCCGUCGAAUCCAGACCCGAUAUCGCCCAGAAGCUCGCCGCUGCCGAGCGAACAAGGGACUCGCUCGCAGCGCAGAGAGCCCACCUGGUAGAGACGCACGCGGCUAUGGAGGGGCAAUUCGAGAACCUGCAGAAGCAGGUCCUCGAGCUUGGACAGCGACUCGAGGAGCUCUCGCAGACUCCGGCGCCACCAGCCGUCAGCAGUGAUACAGGCCUUGCUGAUAAGCUCGCCGCUACGGAGCGAGCGAAGGACGAGCUCGCGGCGCAGAAAGAUCAUCUCAUCCGCGCCCACACCGCGCUGGAAGACCAGUCGGAGAAGCAGCAGAAGCACAUUCUUGAGCUUCAACGACGGUUAGAAGAGCUCUCCCAAGCUUCUGGUCCACCGUCUGCUGCUGACGACCCCGGUCUCGUGCAAAAGCUCAAGGACACUGAGCAGGAGAGGGAUAAGCUUCAGGCGAAGCACAACGCGAUGCUGAAGCACAGUCAACGGGUUGUCGCCGAGAAACAGGAGGCAGAACAGCAGAAGCGCUCGCUUGAGGAGUCGAACGAGCAGUUGAGGCAGCGCUGCGCCGAGCUCGAGCAGUGGAAGACCAACAUGCAGCGAGACUUGCAUGCCCUGACGCAUCGUUCAGGUGCGCUGCCUGCACGCGGUACAUCUGGCUAAUGGACACCAUCCAUUACCUCUCGUCAAACUUGCUGUCACGGACGACUCGGAACUAGUCUACGUACUUGCAGGAUCGCCUUGUUCAACGACUUGCCGGACAUGUCGUCCAACGAAAUAUCUGGGCCACAAUCAGAAUAUCGCAG